AUGCACACUCUGCAGAUGUCUGUGUCAGAUUAUGUCACCAAUCAUCAUGAAAGUGAUUUUAUGGCCAUGGAUUAUAUGUUACCGUGUAAGAAUGCAGUUCUCAGAUUCACAGCUGCAUCUCAUCCCUUUAAAGUCCUCUUGUGGGUGCUCUUAUUUUGUGUGGCACCAUUCGUUUCAUACAGCCAGAGUCCGGCACCGGCCUGUAACCUCAGUCUGAAAGAUGUCUAUGAGGACUAUGAAUGUUUCAAGGAUGGAGACAUUGUUCUUGGAGGAGUUUUCACUGUGAAAAUAGUAUUAAAUUAUAUACCAGACUCAGUUAUGGAUAAUGAUGAGAAUAAAGGAAAAGCUUUUGUGAUAUCUUUGCAAAGUUACGUAAAUGUUCUAAUGUUCAUGUUUGCUAUUGAUAAAAUUAAUCAGGAUCCAGACAUCUUGCCCAAUAUCACACUGGGCUAUCAUCUAUAUGACUCUUGGUCUGAUCCCAGUAAGGCUGUACGGAGUGUUCUGCAGAUCUUAUCUGGACCGGGUAAGACAAUUCCUAAUUAUUCCUGUACAGGACACGGCAAGCUGGCUGGUGUCAUUGGAGAUCACUAUUCAUUCACAACGAUCCCAAUAGCCCAAAUCCUCGGACUGUACAGAUAUACACAGAUCAGCUACGGAUCCUCAGAUUACUCAUUAAGUGACAGACACAUCUAUCCACAUGUUUUCCGUAUGCUACAAAGUCAUCGUGUCCAUUAUUUAGCCAUAUCCAAAUUAGUAAAACACUUUGGCUGGACUUGGGUUGGAAUAUUUCUAUCAGACGAUGAGACCGGAGAGAAUGACAUCAAAAUACUAAAGGGUCACCUGAGAGAUCAAGGGAUUUGUGUGGCCUUUGCUGUAAGGAUAGGUUUUACAAAAUAUUUUCCAAAGAAAGACUAUACAAUUGUGAAAUAUAAGAACCCUCAUGUUGUUAUAUUUUGUGGUAUCAUUUCAGGAGAUAUCUUUCUUUAUCUGAAGCCGUACAGUGAUCUACUAAAUGGCACUGUCUUAAUUUUUCCCCCAUCCUGGGCCUUUAAAGAAUUAUUUAUAAUUGGGUCAAUUAAUGAAAACGCUGCAUAUUUAGCUGUAGACCUUUUCCCGUUUGUGAUUCCGGGGUUUGAAAAGAUGUUUGAUCACAAAGAGAUGUCCAAAUAUUCAGAAAUUCGGUUUCUUGAAGAAUUGGUGGUUCAUCUGUACUGCGCGUCAUCGGCUCAAGAAAAUAAAUUUGUUUAUUUAAAGAACAUCACGUCUCCUUCUCGUAUGUUAGACAUACACAGUUUACAGGCUAUAUUGGAGGGAGCGAAGAAAUACUUGCCAAUAGCACUCUCAUCCCGGGUGUAUUAUGCAGUUGAAGCCAUGGCUACAGCUAUACACAACAUGGAUUUAUAUCUUCAAGGAAAAAACCUCACGUACGGCACAAAAAGAUUUACUCUGGUAAAUGGAAACUUUAUCAUUAUAUCAGAUCUAGAAUUGUAUCAGUACUGCAAUAUGCUGUGGAAAAAACAAAUACAACUGACCUCUAGCCUUCCUUUCAGUCUGGCAGGGUUGUACAGGUUCCUCUGCUGGACUGAUAUUGCCGAUUCUGAUUACACUGCACAAGGGGAAUUUGUUUACCGGUAUGAAAUAGUAAAUUGGAUAUUUAUUCCUGAUAUUGCUUAUGACACUGUUGUUGUCGGUAACUAUACCCCAUGGGCUGCCGAGGACAAGCAACUUCUCAUUGACUCGCAGGCCAUAACUUGGAACCACAAUAAGAAUAAGAUGCCGGAAUCUCGGUGCUCAGAAAUAUGUCAACCAGGAAGCAGAAAGAAACCAGGAACUGCAAUUCAUUCUUGCUGCUAUGACUGUGCCCCAUGUUCAGAAGGAGACAUUUCCAAUACAACCGACAGUGAGAAGUGUGUUCGAUGUCUAGAAGAUGAAUGGCCGAAUGAGAAGAAGGAUCGGUGUAUUCCAAAACUUCUGGAAUUUCUCUCCUACACUGAUGAUAUCUCUAAAACAUUAGCAACCAUUUCUGUGUUGCUUUGUCUUGUGACUCUCUUCAUAAUGGGAAUCUUUAUACACCAUCUAGAUACCGCCAUUGUCAAAGCUAAUAAUCGGAGCUUGAGCUUUGUCCUGCUUGUCUGUAUCAUGCUAAGUUUCCUCUGUGUGUUCUUGUUCCUCGGUCAUCCACUGGAUAUAACCUGCAUACUGCGUGUCACCACUUUUGGUCUCAUCUUCUCUACGGCUGUGUCCUCUCUUCUGGCCAAAACAAUCAUGGUUUACAUUGCUUUUACAGCCGCCAAACCUGGCAGCUACUGGAGGAAAUGGAUUGGAAGCAAACUUCCGAAUUCUGUAGUAUUACUGCUUUCAUCUGUUCAGGUUAUGAUAUGUCUUGCUUGGUUGUCUGUAUCUCACCCGUUUCAGGAAAUGGACAUUUAUUCUUAUCUGGACAAGAUCAUCAUUCAGUGUAAUGAAGGGUCAGUUAUCGGGUUCUACUCUGUGUUGGGUUAUAUGGGGUUUCUGGCAGCUGUGAGUUUUGUUCUGGCUUUCAUGGUGAGGACAUUACCGGACAGUUUUAAUGAGGCCAAGUACAUCACCUUCAGCAUGCUGGUGUUCUGCAGUGUCUGGAUUGCCAUGAUCCCGGCCUAUCUGAGCACCAGAGGGAAAUACAUGGUAGCUGUGGAGGUAUUCACCAUACUGGUCUCAAGUGCUGGACUUCUAAGUUGCAUAUUUUUCCCAAAAUGUUUUAUGAUUCUUUUUAGGCCAGACUUGAACACACAAACAGAUCUGCUUUCUAAGAAAAAUAGACCGUAG